AGCGGUAUGGGUUUUUUGGAUAAGGCUGGCUGAACGCGGCCGCGUGUUCCAACUCCCACCUCCGUCUCCGGCGGGAAGCGGAGACCUCCCGCUCCGACUACCAUUCCGGCGGCCAUGGCCACCACCGCCGCCGCCGCCGCCGCCGUCUCUAACCUCUCCCUCCGCCUCCCAUCGACACUCCCCUUUACGGUUUCCUUCCCCACCCGCCUCUCGCGCAUUCCACACGCUCCGCUGCGACGCCUUCGGACGGCCUCCUCGCGAACCCUAGCAGCGCCCGCCACGUCGGAAGUCCCGGAGGCAGAGGAGCUGCGGUUGGAGGCGGAGUCCGCGCUGGAAUGGGGCGGCGUGUGCGCGCGGCUGGCCGACUUCGCCGCCACCGCCGCGGGCCGCGCCGCCUGCGGGGAGGGCCGGGUCCCCGUCGGUCAGAGCCGGGAGGAGAGCGAGCGGCUGCUCGAGCAGACCGCAGCCGCGUCGCUGCUCUCGGCGCCGCUGGAUUUCGGCGGCGUCGGCGACGUGUCCGCGGUCGUCGCCGCGGCCGCCCGUGGCCGGCUGCUCGCCGUGCGGGAGAUAUGCGGCGUCGGGGGCAGCCUCCGGGCCGCGCGCGGGGUGUUCGACCAAGUGAAGAGCCUCGCCGAGGAGAUGCCAGAUGGGAGGUAAUGGGAUUGGUUCAGCGCAAAGCAGUUUUGGAACACUGAAACACAACAUCGAUGAACUCGAAUCAGUGUAGCUCAUAAGGUUUCUUUGUGCAAGUGACAUGCAGUUUUGGGCUAAAAUUCUGAAUGCAGAUCCCUGUUUGGACUAUAUCCAGUUAGCAAAUCAUCUUGAUGAACGAUUUUCUGUAUGUAGGGAACAUUGAAACACAACAUUGUUGAAUU